AAGUUGCGAGGGUCUGAAUUAUGAACCGAGAAGGAUGGAUCCAUAAUCAUCAGAAGUGAAAAUCGAAUGUCAAGAAAGCCCGUCACUCAAAAGUGUAAAAAUCACUAAAUGCUUUUGCGUUCCAGGUUGGUGGAUGAACGGGAAGAUGUCUUGCUAGAACUUGAGCAGUUACGCGGUCAGCCGGCCCAGAUCAGAGAGAUGACACCGAGCCCAUUUCGGGAUAUACAGGGCGUGCUUUCAUCCGUGACCUUAAUGGAUACGGGCCAGAGGACAGCAAGAGGGAUCUCUGAUCCGUCGGGGCGGAGACGUGACGCCCAAUGCCAGACGAUCAUCCCACAGGAAGGGAGAUCCAAGGCCAAACCCGACAGGAGAGGGCGUAGAGACCGUAGACGAGAGACGUCAGACGACGAGAGCGUAUCCGGCUCCAGUUCCGCAUCGCCGCCGUCCCGCGACGACGAAACCGAGCAUCACCUCCCUCCUCGGCGGCCUCGCUGCACUCAGAAUGCAAACAAUUCAUCAUGGCACGUCCUCAAACGUGAAGCAUACCCUGCUGCGAAGCAGGAUGCAGAUGGUCGAACAAACGGGCUUCUAGACUCCAUAGCCGCGCUCCGCAAAUCCUAUCUGAGCCGAGGCGGGAUGGAGAACGAGAUCUUGCGCCGGAUACAGCAAUUGGAGAUGGAUGCGAGGGAGCUUGGGAGGGAUCUGACACCACAGAGAAGAAUGCACAAUGUUGGAGCUGUGGAAGCAAUUGAAUCUGUCAGAACCGUCCCUCCUCCAAAGGAGCCGAGUGAAACCCUUGUCGACGAUGAAGAGCUAACAAAGAUGAAGCUCCAGCAAAAGAAAUACCUCCUAAACGUACACCACGAGCAGCAACGCCGAAGAGCGGAUGCCGAGCUUGCGCGUUUGAAGCUCGACCUCACUACGACGAGAUUGCAAGAAGCGAGGAUAGGCGACGCGUUCAACAUGGGCCCUGCAUACACGCUGGACGACUUUCUAUCUGUUUCGGGUGUGAUGUAUGAUGCCAGUAGGGGGUUUCAUGUUUUCUGGGACUUCCUGAGCGGCAUCCCACUCCAAGUCGCAUCGAAACCCAUCCAUGUCUCAUGGACGGUAUGCGAGGGUCCCAUGUUGCGAAGCCCCGUCCGCGAACUAAAGAAACGUACAGCGGCUUCCGAUCCGUCUACGUUUCUUAUGUACGCGGGUCUGGGGGAGAGUCAUCCUGUCGUUGGGGUUCCGCUACUCCGAACAUUCCGACUAGUCAUAACCCUCCACAUCGAGGAGGAGACCGCACUUGCCUUCUCGUCCUCGUCAAAAGGGCGCUUGUACCCACUAGGCUGGACCAGCAUCGACAUCUUCACCGACACGCUGGAACUAGACCGCGGGGCGUGGCGGAUCCCCGUGUUCUCGUUCCCGAUCGACUUGCAGCUCCCUACCGCGACGCUCCACCGCACUCGGAAACCGAUCACAGGGCUUGGUGUGUUUGUUCGCUUGAUGGAUGCCGGGUUGGCGGUUACGCAUGGGCAGGCCGGGGUUAACCCUUUGCGAGACCAAUUGCUGUAUAAGAACAAGAGUUAUGAGGAGUCGAGGUUUGGUUUGCAGGCGCGGUACCCUGUUGAUGAGGUGCGGAGGGAGGAACGUAGGUUGUUGGGAAUACCUGACCCGGAGGUGGUGGCACGGCAGCAGCAGCUGGAGGCGGAGGCGGUAGCGAAGGCGGCGGCUGCAGUGCCCAGGCCGCCGGUGAUCAUGGCGUUCGCUGUAGUGCUGGACGAGAUACAGGGAUUGCCGCAGGUGGCGUAUCCUCGCGUCCGAGUACGGGUCGUUGCCGUCGACGAUACCUUAUCCCCAGAGGAAGGCAUGGCCAUUGUUUCGGACGUCGCGGAACCGGGACAGGUAUCAGGCUCGCACGGCUGGCCCGACGCAUACCCCCGUUACCCAUUCUUCAACAACCAAUGCUCGCCAUCCCGCAAACUCACAAUUGAAGUCCUCUCCGACACCCCCGACGACCCCUCCUCACCCGACCGUGUCGUCGCAUGGUCUCAACUCGACAUCUUCACCCAACCACCCGAACGGCAAGACCCAAUAAAGCCACCUCUCGCGAUCCGCCGCGGUGCCUUCCGUACCCUCCUCCUCAACGCGGAUGAGUCUACCGGCCCGCUAAUCCCCAUUCCCGACGCGUUCGUUCUUGUACGGAUAUGCGAGCUGGACGAACCCGCGCUGCCACGACGUUUCUCGACUCCGCGACUCCUCACCCCGCCCGUCCCAGCCUUCGCAUGGCUCGAUGUUCCCAAACCCGCGGUGUCACCAUCACCCAUCCCAUUCAAACCGGACCUGAAAUUCAAGAUCCGCAUCGAUGCGGCACGAUACCUCCCCGACAACAUUAUCAUCACUCAAAUCGUCGGCGGGGUCCUAGACGAGCAGCAUACACCCAUCAAAGGCGUCGCGGAGUUUCGCACCCAAUUCAUGUUCGAUACAAUAGCCCAUUCGCCGAUAUACGGACAAGCUUUCGAAAUUCGCAGCGCGGAGACCUUGACGAGCGGGACGGUCGUGGUGUUGAAGGUUAUGGCGUUGGCUCGUGAUGGGCGCGUAUACCUCGCGGGGAGCUGCGUCAUUGACUUGUUUACUGACGGCAGUGGGAAGGGAGACUCUACCGCAUCUGAAACGGUUCUGAAUCAGAGAAUGUGGCAACUUCCCCUGUACGUGGGAAUGCCCGACCCCAUGGAGCCGUUGACGACGGCGGCGCAGGAACGGAGGUGUAGAGUCCCGUGUGCUACGUUGUUGGUGAUGGUCGAUUCUGUUGGCAAGGAGGGGCAAGCAUCGCCAACGAGAAUACCGCGAUACAGCGAUGGCGCAUACGUAUCGGUCUACAGCCGACCGAAUGCAGUCGAGCAGCGGCUUUAUGCGGCGGUAACGAGCGAACGGAGGGAUGUUACGGUGCGGAGACUGCUAGGAGAAUCACCCGUUUUCUCGAAACUCAUGGGCGCGGAUCUCAAAGCCACCGACUUGAAACUCACCCCCGCCCUCCUCAAGCUCUUCUCCACCUUCCCCACACCCCUUUUCGACCCCACGCCCAUCGCGCGAUACAACCCACGCUACGGCUUUAAACUAUCCGUCACAGGCGGCGAAAAUCUGCGUGUUGAAGGGUUCGACGCCGCGAUUGUGGGGUUAUGCCCGCCUGGGAAGUUUUGGAAGAGCGAUGGAGAGGGGCAGGAGCAGAUGCAGAGCGUGAAUUUGGAUGAGGUGUUUGGCGUGGAGGUGGCGGGUGGGGGGAGGGUGCAUUGGUAUCAUCGCCGUCCCUUCAUGCCCUCGCUCUCUGCCAUCAUCGACGUGCGGUGCAUGUCCCUCGACAACGCUGCACCGCCGUCGUUGCAAUCGCAGGGGUGGACGGUGCUGCCUAUCUUCACUGAAGAUGCAUAUGUCAGGAUGGGAUGUUUCCAACUUCCGCUGUUCGACGGCACACCACCCCCUAAAUUCAUCGACGCUCUCCUCUCCACCACCACCACCACAACCACCCCGCCGCCCCCGCCGUCCCCACUAUCCCAAAUCAUCGCGCAAUCCCUCAAAAACAAAACGAUCCGAUACGCCGAGAACAAGACCGGAUUUCCCUCGGUCUAUGUCACUGUCGUGGACGCGCGGCGGGAGGAGGAGGUGCCGUUUUGGAGCCAGCUGCCACCAAACCAAUCCCACCUCCCCACCGACACACGCUCCAAAUACGCGCGCCCGCCACCUCCCGGGGCCGUGACAUCGAAAAUGACACUCAAGAAACGCGGGUCGACGGCCGUUCCCGCCGCGGCGAUACCUGUGCAACAGCAGGUGCGGAUGGGUGUGGAGCAGCGGAGGGCUUUGAUGGGGGAGUUUGUUAGGAUAACGGGCUUGCCGCGAUGGGAAUAAUUGCAUGGCUCGCGUAGCGGAAGGAAGACCGGCUUCACCCGCCUUCAAUAGGCCAGGCCUACUCCGUAUUGUGAUGAAAGUAGGAGGUUGCCCACCCAGGAGCGACAUGAA